GGGCAGUUGAGGAAAGAGCCGCGCGGGCUGAGAGUUGCCGUAUGUACUUGUGUCGACCAACGCGACCCGACCAUAGGCUGAUUGUGGGGGGAAAGCCACUCUCAAGCGAAUGAAGAAACAUCUAAUCUUCCACUUCACAUACAGAGGACUUCUCACGAAAGGAAAAAAGAGUAAAAGAAGAAAAUGGAGUAUAAAUUGCGAAAAGCUGAACCCAAGGAUGUGCCCGAUAUCUUACGACUGGUGAAGGAACUUGCCAAAUAUGAAGAAAUGGAGAACCAGGUGACGCUCACUGAGCAAGAUCUCCUGGAGGAUGGCUUCGGUGACACUCCGUUCUAUCACUGUGUCAUCGCUGAGCUGCAGCCUCAGAGCAGUGACGGUCUGGAGGUGGUGGGCUUUGCCAUGUACUACUUCACCUAUGACCCCUGGGUCGGGAAGCAGCUGUACCUGGAGGACUUCUUCAUCACCCAGGAGUACAGAGGUCUGGGGAUUGGCUCUCACAUCAUGAGACAUCUCAGUGACCUGGCGAUGAAGACUCGCUGCAGUGGUAUGAUGUUUGUGGUGGCCGAGAACAACGAGUCUUCAAUACAGUUCUACAAACGCAGAGGAGCCGAAGAUCUGUCCCAGGAGGAGGGAUGGAGACUGUACCGCUUUGACAAGGAGAGCCUAGUCAAGAUGGCCUCUGCUCGGGAGGAGUGAGAGAGAGAGAGGAAAGGGGGAGGUGGAGAGGAGGGAGGAGAGGAGGGCAGAGGGAGGGAUGGAGACUGUACUGCUUAGACAAGGAGAGCCAAAUCAAGAUGGCCUCUGCUUGGGAGAAAUGAGGGUAGGGAGGAGGAGAGGGGGAGGAGGGGUGGAUAGCCUCUGCCCCUGAGUGAGGAGAGGUGGAGGAGUCAGAAAGGGUAAAAGAGAGGAAAGGAGAGGGAGAAAGAGGAGGGGGAGAGAGGAGACACAGGGGGAGGAGUGAGAGACUAGCGAGUGAACAGUGAGGGAGGAGUUUGGGGCAGAGGCCAAUCAGAGGCCAGCGGGGAUAGGUUCUGUUCUCAGUUUAGGAAAAAGGGAAAACUUUUUUUUGUAAUCGUAGUUUUAGAGCUAUUUUUAGUAUAUAAUCUGUGUGUGUUUAACUAUGGAACUCAAAACAGUCUGAUUAAAGGGGCAUCAGUGGCUCAGGGGUGCAGCAGUCGCCCACAAACUCAAAGGUCACUGGUUCCAUGGUUCAGUGAGUUGGGGUCUAUCUCAUCAUAAUCUUGUGUAGAACUUGAUGUAUCGUAUAUAUGGAAAUCAUCUUAAUAAAGCUGUUUAAUUAACUCU